ACUUUAAGGAGGUGCGCUUGUUGGCUGUUUACCUUUCACUUAACCGUUUGCCCCCUGUUCAUAUUUUUUCUUCUUCUUCUUCUUCUUCUUCUUUCUAUCUUCAACACUCGCUCCUCGGUGUUUAUCUGCUGUAUGUCUCUAUAUAGUCACUUUAACUGACUUUAUUUACUGGGGGAACCGGAGGAUCGCGGGAGUUGACCCGCUUCCAGAUGGAAUAAUUGCUCAGGCGCUCGAGGACAACAUGACUUUCACUCGGGAGUUCUUUGCCAUCUUGUCAUGCACCGCCAUGAUAAUGCUGCUCCACUGUAAUGCAGAUCCCCUUCCUCCGCCUACAGAUCUGUCAUAUAAGUGGCUAGACCCGUUUACUGUGAACGUGUCCUGGUUAUGGCAGAGGCCCAGGAAUCUGCCACAGGACUGUGAAAUCAUGUAUGAGUGUGCGCAGCAGAACGCCAAGCCUGAAAUCCGGCGCAUAGAAUCAAGAAAUGUCAGUUGGAACUGUCUCACAGGAGAAACAGGUUCUCAGAGCUGCACCUUCACCAUUCAUACCGUUGGCACUAAAGGGUCAUGUCUGGAUUGGAAAAGCAAAUUUGAGAACAUAACCAUCAAAAGCCCAAAGCCACAAGCUAAAGUGGUGGAGGACUUCAAAUGUAUCCUUGACCCCAUGGGAAUGAACUGCUCCUGGAUCCCAGUAUAUCCGGAUUUCGAUCUGACGCUCUCCUACAAGUCUGGUGGAGUUACUGAGGGAAUUACAAACUCAAAAGACUGUCAUCAAUAUUACAGCAGUGGAAGAAGGAAUGGCUGUUACCUGGAGGUUUCUGAUCAGCAACUGUUUAAAACCUGCAUUCUUGUGAAUAAUGACAUUGGAAGGAGCACAUUUGAAGCCCUCAACACUUCACUCGUAGUACCUUCACCAAAGCUGAACAUCACACAAGACAAGCAUCUCCUCAACCUGAGCUGGGAAACUCCAAAGGUCGGGAAUUUGAAAUGUUGGACUUAUGUAUUUAACUACACAGAAUGCAACAAGUCCAUGAAAAGCCAGAAGACGACCACGAACACUUACAGUAUACCCUACGAUGAAAACUGCCUCUAUGAGAUCCAAUCCAGAGUGGAGACUACAAAAAUUUGCCAAACAAUGAGGAGCGACUUGAGUGAAGUUGUAACUUAUGGUACUAACCGGCCUCGUGAUGGGACGCUGACCGUGGUUGCCAUUGUCAUCCCCAUCAUCCUGUGCGUCUGCGUCAUCCUGUCCUGCUACUGCUUCAGGAAGCACAGUAACAUCCUCUGCCCCAUCAUACCAGAUCCUUCAGCAAUAUUCAAGGAAAUGAUGAUGAACGGAAACAAAGAACAUAAGACAGGGAGUCUGUACACGCCGGUGCCAGAGCCCGUUGAACCGUGUAAAAUUACCCUUGCAGCGGAAACCAGCGUCCUCCAGCAAAACUCCUGACAUGUACAUGUACACAGCAAAAAGCCUGCAGUCCAACUGGACGGCCGCUCCGGGCGAAUUUCUUAAGGAACGUUUACAGGCUGAAAACCUUUGUUUCACUGACCUCCUCCGUUUGAAAGCAUCUGCUGCACAUCUGACAGGAAGUGCGGUUGGGGUGUGUGUUCUGUUGUGCCAGUUUUCUAUCACCAUGUGAGUACUUCAUCUACUAGAGGGCAGCAAAAGCAAGGUUUUCGGCAGCUAUUACAGUUAGUUUUUUUUCUUACAGUUGCUUAAGCACCAUUUUGAAAACAGUUUUUUUCAAAACACUUAACACAAUUCAUAAAACCAAACACCCAAAGUGCAAAACUCCUCAUAUAUCCAGUAAAAUGAAGCACUGCAUUCAUAACUGAAUAAACAAAAUCAAGCUUUCAAACACUUCUUUCAUAUUACUUCUCAAUUAUUGUUGUUCAGUUGGUCAGUCAAUCAACCAAUCAAUCAAUCAGUCAAAUGCACAGUACAUCCUGCAUUAUGGUUGUAGGAAAAACAAAAAACCUUUAUCAAACACAACAAACAGAAAAGAAAAUUUGAGAGGAAAAUAUACAGAAUUUUUUUUUUAAAAAAGACAAAAAAAAGAUAGAAAAUAUUUUGGCUGCAUCUCGCCACCUCACUGGGUCUGUCCACAGCGCCUCAUCAAUAUCAGCGAGGGAAGAAUCAUAUCCAGUCCUGGACAGCACCCACAUCAGUAUCAUCACAUGACUCUUCCAUUGCCUGUUGAAGAGCCACAUGCACAUAGGGCUGACAGUCAUACACCUUCCUCCACCGUGCAGAGAAGAACUCAACUGGACUGAGAAAUGGAGAGUAGGGUGGAAGGUACUGAACAAGAAACUGUGGCUGGUCAGCAAAAGCUGUUUCGGAUCAGGGCUGAACGAUGGAAGCUGACGUCCGCCGGUAUUGGUCUGUGUUGUAUCGACCAAGGUUGGCAUGGCAACGGAGGACAACGCCAUCUACGUUGCGAACGAUGCGAACGGAGAAGUGAUGGACACAGUGCGACUGGCGGAAUCCCGAACUGCGCAGAGUGAAUGGUGUUCUGGUUACGUACCUGUGCUCAAGCCUAAAUGUGUGGAUGACAGAGGUAACAGUAACUAACGUAGCCCCGGACUUCAUCUGAAAGCUGGGCCCUUUUUUGUCCUCGUCCUCUCCCUCCAGCUCCUCCUCCACCUCUCACUCUCACCUUCCCUCCACUUCUUCCUCUCACUGCUGCUCCAAUUGUUGUUGUAAAAAAUGCACCUUUUUAUCAUGCUUAUAUCCUGAUAGAUGAGUCAACAAUGAAGCAGUUAGGUGUUUGGCCAGGUGGCAUGUGUAUUGGUCAGCUGGUCGGCAUUUGUGGCAUUUUUUCCAAAUGGCAAACAAAUGACUUCAUGUCAGAUUCCUGUGUUUCACAUAGAGAAUUGUGCGCAGUGAAUUCCAAAAAGUGUCAUGUUGAAUUGCAAUUUGGGUGCAGAGGUGAAAAUGCGUUGAGAGUUUUGAAAGAUGUGAGCUGAAGUUUUGCUCUAUGAGUGUCAGUUCCAAUCAUUAAGCUUUUUAAAUGUCUCAUUUUUGUGUGUUAGCAACUGAAUAAAAAACUGUAAGUUACUCUCUAAGGAUAAUCCAGGGACACGCUGUGAUGACUGAGUGGGCUAUUUCAAGGGUAUUAACUGUCCUACCAGUAAGUGGAGCUGUUGUAUGCCUGGAUAUCCGGUGUACAAGAUACAAGAGCUGGCAAAGGAAUUACAAGAAAAUGCCCACGUGACUGCCAUCAAGGCAGCCACACAAUAGGCAGGAAGCAAUAACCUCUGUGGUGGGAAAGUACUGCCUUCUUUCUACUGAGGGUGAUCCCAAGACUAUACUGUACUGUAACUGCCCCCAUAUGAGGAAGAAAGUUUGUUGUCUUGGCAUGGAUACAAACACUGUCUUAUAUGGAACUGAGGGGGUGAGUGCAUGUCAAGUAGCACGGACCACUGUCCACUGUCAGUGCUGGGGGAAAAAAAAAGAAAAAAAAAAGGAAAAGAGACUUCAUUUCUCAAGUGAAAUUCAAUGGAGAAGUGUGACUACGGUGGAAUUCUGAAUAUCUAAUCUUGAGAAAAAUCUUAGCAUCCUUAUUUUUACUUUAUUUCCCCCGGCAACUCAUUAUUAGUGCCUAUCAAAAGGAAUUACACUUUGUUGUCAGUCAGGAAAUAAACCUGACCUGCAUGAACUUUGCUGGCAAACGCUGAUAUUUCUGACAUCAGCGUCUAGAUACCAAAUGUCCUGUAUAUUUGGGAUGCUAAUAACAACUUUUUCUUACAAGAAUUAAUGUGACUUGUCUCUUCAAAAUCAGACCUGUAUUGUUAAGAAGUGUUUUCGACCUUUGUACACAACCUUUUGGACAGAAAAACAAAGAUACAUAGAAUUGUGAAAGCAUCUGAGCAUACAUUAAACUUAUUACAACAUG